CUCUAUUUUGGGGCAAUAAUUAUCAGAGCACUCUUCUCCUACUCUGCUUUGAGUCCCUCCAUGACUGUUUCUUGACGAAGCUCCCACUCUCAGUCCACUCCACGUCCAGAUAGUAAAGCCGACAGCAGCCCUGCCUGAACUCCAAAUCCUUCUUCCCUGUCUUCAGAGGACCGCCACACCGACAGCUGUACAUAUGAUGGAGUUCCUUGCCCUUGUCACGAGGCUUUGUCUCGUGGAGACCAAGAGGCUGCUGUUAGUCGUGACGAUCGCCAUCACCGUCAUCAUCAUCUUCCAGGGUUUUACAGUUCCUCACGAGCAGGCAUUCUCACUAUCACGAGCUCAUCGAGAAAGGGGUUCGAUUAUUGCGGUGCGCAGCAAUCUCACUGUCUUAAACGACACGGGAGCAGCCGUAAAUGUCAUUGUUCGACCAGAUGUUGACAAUGGUAAUGGUUCUGAUGUGGAUGAAGAGGUUGGGGAAGAAGGUGAAGUAAUGGAAGAUUCCAUCAUGGACUAUGAUAUGAAAUCAGAUGAUCCGAGAGGCACUGAAUACUCGGACAAAGGGUCAGAUGCCACUAAGAAUGUUGGGAUGAAUGGUAAUACAAGUGCUGGUAGUGCCCCCAUGGGAGGAUUGGAACAAAGCGUGGCUUCUUCUGCUGCCGAAGCUGAUGGCAACAUGUCUCAAGGAAGCAGUAUAAAUGAAAUCAAUCAGAAUAAAAGGAUUAAUGUGGGAAAACGGGAAACUGUCUUCAUCAGGAUAAAUAUGAGUUCAACUGUGGAUAGUGGAUCGGCAUUAAGGAGGUUAAAUGGUCGGGCAAUGUCAAUUUCCGAAAUGAAUUCAUUAUUGGUACAUGGUUCUGUUUCAUCAGAUCCCACGAGGCGAAAGAAGUGGUCUUCAGUUCGUGAUCGAGAACUUCUAUCUGCAAAACUGGGGAUUGAGAAAGCUCUUCCUAUAGCAAAAGAUGCCCAAGGACUUCAGAACUUUGUCUAUCGAAAUAUUUCCCAAUUUAUAAGGAGCUACGAGUCAAUGGAGCGAAUCCUUAAAGUCUAUGUCUACAAAGAAGGAGAGAAGCCCAUAUUUCACCAACCAAAGAUGAGAGGAAUUUAUGCCUCCGAAGGAUGGUUCAUGAAGUUGAUGGAAGGAAAUAAGAAGUUCUUGGUGCGGGACCCGAGAAAAGCUCACUUGUUUUACUUACCCUUCAGUUCACGGAUGCUAAGGAUGGCAAUUGACGAUCGCAACUUCAAGAGUCAUGGGGACCUUAAGAAGUACCUCAAGAGCUACAUCGAUCUUAUUUCCCAUAAAUAUCGAUUCUGGAAUAGAACAAGAGGAGCAGAUCAUUUUCUUGUUGCUUGUCAUGAUUGGGCGACCCGAAUUACACAUCAGGAUAUAACUGGAAACUCCAUCAGAUCACUCUGCAACUCCAAUGCUGUGAAAGGAUUUCAAAUAGGCAAGGACACAGCUCUACCGGUCACCUAUGUCCGCUCGAUGGAGGAACCUACAAGAGAUAUUGGAGGUAAACCGCCAUCAGAGCGGCUCAACUUGGCCUUCUUCGCCGGGAGCAUGCAUGGGUACCUCCGCCCAAUCCUCUUCCAGUAUUGGGAGAACAAACAACCCGACAUGAAAAUCUUCAGUAUGUUGCCUCGUGAUCUCGAGGGCAAGAAGACCUACAGAGAAUUCAUGAAGAGCAGCAAGUUUUGUAUUUGCGCCCGAGGAUACGAGGUCCACACUCCUCGGGUGGUCGAGGCAAUUUUCUAUGAGUGUGUCCCUGUGAUCAUUUCGGACAACUAUGUCCCGCCAUUCCUUGAGAUCUUGAAAUGGGAGGAGUUUGCGGUGUUUGUGAAAGAGAGGGACGUGCCGAACUUGGGGAAGAUUCUGGGCUCAAUCUCGGAAGAGAAGUACUUGAACAUGCAGCUUGGGGUCAAGGCAGUCCAGAGGCACUUUAUUUGGCAUAAGAAGCCGAUCAGAUACGAUUUGUUUCACAUGGUUCUCCACUCCGUGUGGCACCAAAGGAUUCUUCAGAUGAAACAAAGUUGAAAAUUUUGGACUUCUUUUCCCUUUUUUGCCUUUGUAUGAGUAAAUGUAAAUAGGUUUGUAUGCUGCUUUUUACGGAGAGAACAUUGUCGAAGAAUGUACUCGUGUUUGCCGAAGAACUUGUACUGGAACCACAACGACUAGUGACAAAUUAUGGAAUAUUAUAGGUGUGGCCUAUACAUAUUUGCACUAAA